AUGAAAGAAUCAACCUUGCCGCACAACAACUUAGGACGUCACAUCUCACCGGCCAAGCUGCACGAAAGAACCAUCAACUUUGCCAUACGACAUCAACUUAGAGCGACACAUCUCACCAGAAAGGUCAAAGAUGACCGUGGCCACGGUGUUUGUGCCGCAGGCUCGAACAUGUUCAAGACCUCAUUGCCUCACAAUUUACGAUCUCUGGCCUCGUCAUCCGAAACACGAUAUGUGAUCUCAUUACAGAUGACACGAUGCAAAUACAGUUGCAAUGAAACUAGGGCGUCGGAUCUGAAUUAUCCAGCUAUCUCUAUUGAUUUGCAGUCAUUUAGUGAUAGGAAACAUGAUAUCACAGUUAUCAAGCUAUCCAUUAAUCGCCCGAUUCUUUCUAUGGUUCAGCACUAUGAUUCAUCUCUGCACACGGGGCGACUUUACUGCAAUCGAAAUCCUUGA